CUGGCCGACGGCUGGGGCUGCUGAGCCGCCGGGCGUCAGGGUGGGCCGGCACCACAGCUUCCUUGUUCCUUGGGCUCUGCUUUCCACCCAGGCGGGCGCCGCGAUCCGUGUAAGGCAAGGCCCGCGUGGAAGUGGACGGUGCGACAGGGCCCUGCGCAUACGCAGCCAUGCACGGCCUCUCCACUCUCCUGCUUGUCCUUCUGGCCAGCCAGGCCGAGGCCUUUCGCAUCUGCGCCUUCAACGCCCACCGGCUGACACUGGCCAAGGUGACCAGGGAGCAAGUGAAGGACACCUUAGUACAGAUCCUGGCUCGCUGUGACAUCAUGGUGCUGCAGGAGGUGGUGGACUCCUCCAACAAGACCAUCUCCUUCCUGCUGCAAGAACUCAGACGCAAAUUUGACAGCUCGAGGUGCUAUGGCUUCCUCAACAGCUCACAGUUGGGGCGCAGCACAUAUAAGGAGAAGUAUGUAUACAUCUACCGGUCUGACAAGACCCAAGUCCUGAAUUUCUAUCAGUAUGAAGACAAGGAUGACCUGUUUGCCCGGGAGCCCUUUGUGGCCCAGUUCACUUUGCCUAGCAAAAUCCUUUCUAGUGUGGUGCUGGUCCCACUGCACACGACCCCGAAGGACGUGGAGAACGAGCUGAACGCCCUCCAUGUGGUGUUCCUGGAUGUCGCCCAGCGCUGGCAGACCAAGGACGUCAUCCUGCUUGGGGACUUCAAUGCCGACUGUGCCUCCCUGGCCAAGAAGCGCCUGAGCACGCUGCUGCUGCGCACUGAGGUGGGCUUCCGCUGGGCCAUUGGUGACGGCGAGGACACCACGGUGCGGGCCAGCACCAACUGUACCUAUGACCGCAUUGUGCUGCAUGGCGAGGCCUGCAGGGGGCUCAUGCACUCGGCCACCGCCUUCAACUUCCCCCAGAGCUUCGGGCUCUCUGAGGAGGAGGCUCUUGGCAUCAGUGACCACUAUCCGGUGGAGGUGGAGCUGGACUGGGCGCCGCAGAGUAUGCAGUCCCCCAGCCUAGCCACCCUGCUGCUGCUGUCACUCCUGGCUCCUCAGUCCAGCCUGGUGGCCUGACUCAAACCCUGGACACCACCCACCCUACCUGAAGCAGAAAAAACUCCUGAGGGGGAUUCACCUGUGACCCCGCCCCCAUUUCCCUGUUUAGGUUGGCUUGUGGGGUUGUUUGGCUUUGAGCUGGAGACCAGCCUGACAAAAAGGGAAACUAACACCCUGGGAA